CUUCCUGUUCCUGUGCUGAAUUAAGCUGGGACAGCAGCAGUGUGGUUGCAGGGCUUGUUUCCCCACUACCCUCCAAGAAUUUAAUUUACAAGCCACUGGACGAUGUCCAACAGGAAAUACAGUCUCACAGGGAAAAUCCUCACAGCAGAAACCAUCACACCCUACAGGAGAAGUUACUGGCUUUAAACGAUAGAAUGGAUUCAAGUGAGAUCUGGAAAUGCUUCCAGGAUCCCAGACAAUAGCCAAUCCCUCCUUGUGCCAGGCUUUCCUGAAGCUGAACAGCCUGGCACACCUUCCCACAGCACCCAGUGGUGGGCCAGCACCCAGUAUGGGUGGCUGGGGGACCAACCUGCAGAAGAUCUUGCAGAACCAGGUGAGCUCAAUCACCCCAACAUUUCCUGGGUCCACCCACUUUGGUUUGGGGGAUUUUACACAUCUUAAGGUAAAAGCAUGAGAUACUGUCAGCCUGGUCCCAGGCUGCAAUACCCAUGUGAGCACAGUGUGCACGUGUUGUAGGACCAGGACUCCCACACCAAACCUUGGAGCAGUCUGAAAUUGCUAAGGAGCUGCUGCGUGUCACAGAGGCACACACAAAGGGUGAAAAGUCCCCUCUUUGUCCAUUUCCUCUGAAGAGAAAAAGUGAACAAGAAUUGAAAUUCCUGGGAGGAACUAAGUAAUGCUACCUGCUGGACCAUGGUUUCUUUAUAAAUGAUAAGUCAUGUCACAUAUGCUGGGAAACCACACUUGGGUGCCUCUGCUGACUGUGCAGGAAUAUGAUCUUGCAGGGCUAUACAUAGGAAGACUGCACUGAGACCUGUUCCAUUCCCAGAUACUGAAAAUGCAGACAGAUAUAGUACCAUGGCUGAGAAAUCAGAGGUUCAACAGCUCCACAGAUGACAUUGGAAUUGAAAGGGAUAAAAAUAAAAAAUACGAUGUUCAGAAGAUAUCAGUUUACAGUGAGCUCAGGUUUCCAGCUUGCAGAGAGGUGUUUGUUUUUUAGAGAGGAUGGUGUGCUGCUCCCAGCAAAGAUAUGUAAACAUUUUCUACCAAGCCAGAAUGCUCUUCCUAAAGCUCCUGUCUCAUGUCUACUGAAGCACUUAGGCCUCAGCGGGUCUAAGAGCUUCAAGAAUGGCCAGAAGCGAAAGAAAGUGAGUUCAUAAUCACAUUUGUGGUGCUGGUUUUUUUGGGUUUUUUGGCUGUGUUUGCUAGGGGUUUUGUUGUUGUUGAGUUGGUUUGUUUGUUUUAAUGCUAUGUCUAUAGAAUGCACUCAGAGUGUACCCUUUCAGAGAUUUGUGUUUCAGCCACUACUGAUCUGGUGUAACUGGAACACCAGGAAAGAAAAAUGUUCUGGGCAGUUCAACUGAACACAAUCUGAGAUUUAAAAAAAAGUCAAAGAAAUGCUUUUGGCUUAACAAGUUUGCAUCUUAAGACUACUUGACAUGCUGUUAAGCUUUAUGCCUCAGAGCUCUGCUGGGAAAUGUUGUCAGCUUCUGAAAGGCUGGAGGUCAGAGUGGAAAGCUCCUAAGCCUUGUCUGAUUAGUGUGGGGAGGAGCAGAGAGGAGGUUCAGACUUCAAGGUGCAGGAACACAAACACCUGGGACGGCGCAGAGCUCCGAGGGCUGAGCCAGCCUGUCUUGCAGAGCUCUGUGCUCAGCACACACAGGUCUGUGAGGCUCAGUGUGGCUCUGUUUGCUGCAAACCCCCCAGCCGUGCCCACACAGCCCUGGGGAGAGCUGGAUGGACAACACCCACUUCCUGCACUGAGAUUUGGGGGGGCACUUUGCAAGGCAAUGCCAGCUGUUGGCUUUCCAAGAAUGAUGUUCAACAGAAGCUGCUUCUUAUAGAGAGGAGCAAGUCCUGAAUAUCCCCAGCCACUGGAAGGCUGAGAGGAAUUGGCUCUAGGUAAGUGCAAUGACAGGAACCCAGAAGCAGGGAUAAACUCUGCUGGUUUGCAGUGACACUGAUUUUGCAGCUGUAUCUGCCGAAGCCCGGGGCCGUGCUUGGCAGAAGCGCAUGCGUCUGUCGCAACCAGCAGAAGGAAAUGUUACUCAGCCCCACUUCCUUAAGGGUCUGUGGCAGAGAAGCACCGUGCUCCACGAGAGGCUGCGAGGGACACAGCGAGGUGCUGUGUCUAGGAUAGAGUGCAGAGCAGAGACUUUGCUGGGCAGAGCAAGCAGCCAGGUUCCCAUCAGCUCUUCUGCACUUGUGUUGUCUCCUGACUCAUCUGCCUGCUCCUGAAAAUGGAGUAUGUCUGGUAUUGGCUCGAUGAUUCCAACCAGUGGAUUGAGUAUGGGAAAGAGCACCCAGGUCAUGCCACUGCCACUGUAACAUCUGCAUUUCUGGAGAAUGAAUAUCAAGCUGACAAGAAUGGUGUUAUUUUCUUCAGGGCUGGUUCUCAGCAGUAUCAGUUAGACUUUGCAGACAUGGUCCAAACAAAUGUGCUCUUUAAGACUCAAAGAAGUGUUAUUCGACUGCCUAAAGAGUCAGAAGAUGGACAAGAUGGAAGCCAAAACACAACUCUCUCACAUCCUGUCUAUCCUUCACAGUGGGACCAAACUGCACUGCCUGAUAUUGGGUACAAGUUGAUACAGCUCAGCACUGAUUCCCAAGAAUAUAUAAAAAUCAAGAGGCUGUUUGAGAAGACAAUGAAAGGUUACUGCAUCCACCAGCUGCAGAGGAUUCAGAACCCAACACUUUGGGACAUCUUUCAGUGGCAAAAAGAAAAGAUGAAGAAGCUCCAUAAAUCGAAAGGGGUGAAUGAGAGGCUCCUGUUCCAUGGCACAAGUCCAUCCCAUGUGUCUGCCAUCUGUGAGCAGAACUUUGACUGGAGACUCUGUGGGACUCAUGGGACAAUGUAUGGAAAAGGAAGCUACUUUGCCAGAGAUGCCAGCUAUUCCCACGAGUACUGCUCCUCUCUCGGUGGGUGUUACCGCGUGUUCGUAGCUCAGGUUCUCGCUGGAGACUUUGUGCGGGGCAGCCCUGAGUACUGCCGCCCUCCGCCCAGAGACAAAAACUCAAACAGACUUUAUGACAGCUGCGUGGAUGACCCCACAGACCCUUCCAUCUUUGUCAUCUUUGAGAAGCAACAAGUUUACCCUGCCUAUAUCUUGGAAUACAGCCUCGAGAGCAGCUGUGUGGUCCUGUAGUGAAUGGUGGAAUGUCUUUUUGAAUUCACACUGUGAAUAAAUUACUCUUCAGUACAUUUUUUUUUAAA